CCACGUUGUGACCGAAGUGUCCCUAAACAUCGGUGUAUUUCUCGUAUUUGUAGUCGUUAUUUGUAAAAUAAAUUGGGAAAAUGGUUAAUUCCUCAUCUGUGCAGCAAAUAGGACUUCAACUUGCGGAUCAAAAUCGACCAUUAACAGACAGAUUCCGUGCCCUUUUUACACUAAGAAAUCUUGGUGGACACGAAGCCAUUGACUGCAUUUCAAAUUGUUUUGAUGAUCCGUCAGCAUUGCUUAAACAUGAAUUGGCUUAUUGUUUGGGACAAAUGCAGGAUGAAUAUGCCAUUCCAGGAUUGAUUAGAGUCCUUCAAGAUAAAACACAAGAGCCAAUGGUUCGACAUGAGGCUGGUGAGGCACUUGGUGCCAUUGGAUCAGCUGAAGUUCUAGAUGUCCUGAGGGAGUUUGCCAAUGACCCACAGAUAGAGGUGGCAGAAACUUGUCAACUUGCUGUUCAGAGAAUAGAAUGGCUGAGAGCAAAAAGUUCUAAAGAAAAUGGUCAGCUAAGCUCAAAUCCUUAUAAAUCAGUUGAUCCUGCACCUCCCUCCCUAACACUGGACACUAACACUUUACAAAACACAUUACUCGAUGAAUCUUGUGAAUUGUUUGACAGAUACAGGGCAAUGUUUUCAUUGCGUAACAAGGGAGAUACUGAAUCAGUGCAGGCCUUGGCUAAAGGUCUUAAGUGCAGCAGUGCAUUAUUCAGACAUGAAAUUGCAUACGUCCUUGGUCAGAUGCAACAUGAGGCAGCCAUUCCACAGCUUAUAGAGAAUCUUGAAGAUUUAAAUGAAAACCCGAUGGUGAGACAUGAAUGUGCCGAGGCACUUGGUUCAAUAGCUAAGGAUCAGUGUUUAACGGCCUUGGAAAAGUACUCAAAGGAUCAAGAAAGAGUUGUGAAGGAAAGUUGUGUCGUGGCUUUAGACAUGUAUGAUCAUGAGCACAGCAGUGAGUUUCAGUAUGCUGACUCACUUGUCAAAAUCAGCGAACAGUAAAAAAUGGACAUAAAGAGUUGCCAUUAAUAGAUGAUGUACAUCAUCAUGGCCAAGUGAACUAGCAACCAGGAACUUCAGACAAGCUCUUAACCCUUUAACUCCCAGAGGUGAUCAACAUGAAACUUCUCCCUAUAAUAUUCUUACAUUAUCCAGUAAAUAGGUAAUGAGAAUCAGGUAGAAGUUGCCAUCUUGAUUUAACACCAAAUUCUCAUUACUAAGUUACAAGGAAAUGUGUAGCAGCCAAAGGGGAGAAUUAAGAAUCUGAUCUUGGGAGUUAAAGGGUUAAGAGGCUUCUCAACUGCCACAUUGCCACAAUGCUGUUAAAGAUACUAUAAGGAGAGUCAAAGAUUAAGAGAGACAAUGGUUCUGACUGAGUAUCUGACACUUGCAUCUAAUUUUUCCUUACAAUUUCACCCCUGAAUUACACAUUUAGGUCACUAGAAUAAAGGAAGUAAUCUUUAACUUAAGAAACUGUUGAUUGUGAAACAAAUUCUCCUUGUCAGCACCUUCAGAAAUGUAUAGAGAACAGUAUGGAGAAUAUGUAUACUGAUCUCUGUAUGUAAAGGCUUAAUUAUAGCUUCCUUGCCCCAUUUUCUUGGAAGAUGAAAUCAUUUCUGUUCAAACAAGUACUUCUCCACGACAAACAGUGUCUGUUAGUGUGUGUCAGAUUUUUGGUCACCAUAAGGGAAAAAAAGACCUUUGCUGUUUCCUCUUGCCUAGCAUCAUAUGUCGGUUCUAACACUUGUCUCUGCCGACCUGGAACUGGCCAAGUGAGCAACAUCAACAACAUUACCACUACCAAAGAACUCACAUCAGACAAACAUUCAAUUCUGAAUAAAGUUAAAUUGUUAUUACUUAAUAAAUAUUGUCCAUCUCAAAAUUUUAAGAUUAAUAUAAUGGUAAUAUGACUGAGUGAAGUCCAAUUCAAUCUGUAAUCAUAUGAAUGAUUAACAAACUAGGCCUACUGCAAAAUAGGAGACUGAUUUGUUUAUCAUGAGUAUGAUCACAGACAGAAUUGGACAACACGAACUCUUGUUACCAAUUAAUCAAAACUAUGACAAAAUUUGAGACGGAACUAGACAUCUG